AGAGAACUAGAGGGAGAUCGAACUGGCCACUGGAGAGAGCAUAACUGUGUGCUGCUCGGGACCUCCCAGCUACCCACAGAAGCCAGCAUGUCGUGGGUCCUGCUUUCUGUCCUGUGGCUCAUCAUUCAAACGCAAGUGAUAGAUACAAAGUCAAGCCCCGAGUUAAAGCUCCAUGAAAUAGUUCAUCCUAAAAAACUAAACAUUUCACCCAGAAGUGGAACUGAGAACAACCAGACAGAGAGAUAUGGCAAAGAGGAAAGAUAUGCACCUGAAGUUCAGUAUCAAAUCAUACUAAAUGGAGAAGAAAUUAUCUUUCACCUAAAGAGAACCAAGCGUCUUCUGGGGCCAGAGGACACUGAAACAUCUCACUCACCCAAAGGAGAAGAAGGGACCAGACACUCUCAGGAUGUGAAACCCUGCUACUACGAAGGCCACAUCCUGAAUGCAAGGGACUCUCUUGCCAGUAUCAGUACAUGUGAUGGGUUGAGAGGGUACUUCACACAUCAUGAUCAAAGAUAUCAGAUAAAGCCUCUGCAAGGCACAGACGAGGGGGAACAUGCUGUCCUUCCAUACAUCCAGGGGGAACCAGGCACCGCUAAAUACAAGCAUGCUGACGAGCGUGCUGGCAGAAAACAAAGCCAAAUUCGAAUCUCCAGGUCAUUAAAAAGCCCAAAUGAAGACCCCCUUCAAGUGCAGAAAUACCUUAACCUCUUCUUGGUGCUGGAUAACGCCUUUUAUAAGAUGCAUAAUGGGAAUGUGACUCAGAUAAGAAGCUUUGUGUUUGAGGUGCUGAACUUGCUCAAUGUGAUUUUCAGAACCAUUGAUACUCAAGUGUCUUUGGUGGAUAUGGAAAUCUGGUCUGACAGUGAUAAGAUAAAGGUGGUACCCGGGAUUGGUACCACAUUCCGAAGCUUCAUGAGAUGGCAUUACUCUGUUGUGGGAAAAAAGAAGUUCCAUAACCAUGCCCAGCUUCUCAGUGGAUCUGGCUUCCUCCAAGGGCGUGUAGGAAUGGCAGCUUCAAAUUCCUUGUGCUCUACAUCAUCAGUGUCCGUUAUUGAGGCUAACCGAAAGAAUAGCGUGACUCUCGCAGCAGUGAUGUCACAUGAGUUGGGCCACGCCCUUGGUAUGAAGGACGUUGUCUAUAGUACCAAGUGUCCCUCUGGCAGCUGUGUGAUGAGUCAGUACCUGAGUUCAAAAUUCCCCAAGGAUUUCAGUACUGCCAGUCGCUCACUUUUUAAAGGGUUCCUUUCCUCUAGAGGUGCAAGGUGUCUGCUGCAGGCACCUAAUCCUAAAAACUUCAUAAAAUCGACAUGUGGGAACCGAGUUCUGGAAACAGGGGAAGACUGCGACUGUGGAUCUCCUGAGGAAUGUACCAAUCUCUGCUGUGAGCCCCUCACAUGUAGGUUGAAAUCCCAACCUGACUGUCGAGAAGAAGCAUCCAACCACGUCACGUGA